GGAGAUAUGAACCGAAGGCGAAGGGACCGACUGACUAACAGCAGCACGCGCUCUCAUACCGCCUUCUGACGAGAGAGCAGAUUGACGCAGGUGAGUGUGGGUGUGGUCGUCUGAAGUGACAGCAGAGCUCCGUUCAGUAAAGACGUCAAGUCACACAGGCAACAGGGGCGAUGCGGUGGUCCUGUAAGCGGAGUGUCACCAUGGCAGCAGUGUUCCUCCUCCUCACCAUCCUUUACCUCAUGCUCCCGCUGGAGUUCAGGAGCACCGGGGAGCAGGUGUGGCAGGGCCGGACUGUCUCCAGCAGUGCAUUGUGGGUAGACAAGGGAGGGUACCUGCCACUGAACGUCUCCUAUCAACUACUGGCAGGAACACCUCCAACUAAACAGAAGUACCUGACCAUUGGGCUGUGCUCCGUGAGUCGUCCUAAAGGCACCUAUCUGAUCUCCACCUUGUCCUCCAUCUUCUCCCGCUCCUCCCCGGCAGAGCUGAGCUCCAUGGUGGUGGUGGUACUGCUGGCAGACUUCGAUGCCCAAUGGAGAGAGACCACGCUGGGGGAGAUUACAGCUACCUUCCCCUCCCAGCUGGAGGCAGAGCAGCUAUUGGUGGUACAUGCCCCCAAGCAGUACUACCCACCAUUAACAGGCCUGAAAAGGAACUAUAAUGACAACGCAGACCGUGUGACGUUUCGCUCCAAACAGAACGUUGACUAUAGCUUCCUGCUUCAGUUCUGCGCUGGGCGGAGCCUGCUCUACCUGCAGCUGGAGGACGACGUCUCCUGCUCGCAGAACUUCCUGUCUGCCAUCAGGGGGCGUGUCCAGCAACAGGAAGUGGUGGGCGGAGUACCCUGGGCCACGUUGGAGUUCUCAGCGCUGGGCUACAUCGGGAAGCUGUACCACUCAGAACACCUCCCCCUCCUCUCACGCUUCCUCUUCCUGUUCUACCAGGAAAUGCCCUGCGACUUCCUGUUCAGUCACUUCCGGGUGCUUUUGACACAGGGUGAGGCGAUCCGCUUCACGCCCUCACUGUUUCAACACAUGGGCUCAUACUCCUCGUUCCUGGGGACAUUCAACAAGCUGAAGGACGAAGACUUUGAGGCGGACCUCUACACCAACCCUCCUGCUGAUGUCUAUAGUGACAUACCAGCCUAUGAGAACCAUGUGGCGGCCAUGGCCUGGUCUCCCGGUACUGGAACAUUCUUCUGGGGGCGGAGUCCCUUUUCAGGGAACCACCUAACCGUCGCCUUCAAACAGCCUGCUGUGGUUACCGGCAUUAUCGUGGUGACAGGGUCAGCAGAGGGUCGUGACCAGUUGGCAUCUGCGACCGUGGAGCUGGGUCUCCACCCGGUAACUGAGAAGACUGGAUUGGGGAUAACGUGCCAGGAGUUCUAUAGCGUGGGGGAUCUGCAGGGAGGGAAGAUGAACAUGACGGACAUACACAAGAAGAGAUCUGGCCACGCCUCUUCCUGUCUGAAGAUAAGAGUUACAGCCAAUCAGAAUGACUGGGUUAUCAUCAGGAAGAUCAGGAUUACUACAGAGGAGGAAUGAAUACACUGAACACACACACACACACACACACACACACACACACUCUGAACAGACACACACAC